AUGACUCUCAACACAAGAAGCCAGGAAACCGCGUCGACUGACCUCUCAGAUGACAACUUCUUGGGGAAAGCUCUGGAUGAGGGCGCCCUGCGCAUCAACCAGCGAUACCGCGACUUUACCCUCUUCCUUGACCUGAAAGGCAAGCACCAUAAAGAGUUCCUCUCGCGCCUCUUCGACCAUGCCGAGCAUUUUGGCUACAACUGGGAGAUGCUGCAGCAUUCUGAACUCGAGCGUAAGUCGUGUGCUGAGAGUUUCUUGGACCAGUAUGGUAUGCUUUACUGGGGCACGGAGUUGAACAGGGAGCGGUAUCUGAUGGGAGAUUCGAUUGAGAAGCCGCAGAUACUUUGUGUCUAUCCGGAGAAGAAGGAUGACUUACGCAAACGAAGAGCUCCAGAUGGCCCCGAUGCUUCACCCUCUUGGCUUGCCAGUGCUGGCGGCAGCGAGAUACGACCUUUCAGCUCGAUUGCCCACACAGGUGGCAGCGUUGCGGGAAACGAGACCCAGGGCAAUCAUCAGGAAAUGGACAGAAGAGUUGCAACCAUGGGCGGUCUCACCAGAAUACAACACUCCAAUGGGGGCCUUUCUGCAUACGCGCACUCAAGCUCGGACAUAUUGAACGUUGUUAAGAGCUUGGAACACAGGUUCAGGCAAGAGACAAAAUUCCUCGUGUUAGCUUCAACCCAGAGCUCAAUGGCACCAGUUUGGGUCCCGUUCCAGGCCUACCAGUCUGCAUCCUCGUUUCUCACCCACAUGGCGGAUGAGUGCGAAUUCCACGAAUGGGACCCUAGCGCUCAGUUGCACAACGAGAUCUCAAAGUGGGACGGCAUCCCCUCGGCACCGCAGACCGUCGUUGCGGCUUCGGUGAAAUUUGGCUGGUCCGGGCUGCACAUUCGCGUUCGCCAGGACCGGGAUGAAGAUUGGGAACUUGUAAUGCAAGAACUUCUCGAUGCGUGGAAGCUCAAGAUGGAGAAUGGAAGUGAGGGAGUGGCCCAGCGGUUCCAUAUUCAUGUUAUGCUCCAUGUGUUUUGA